CCGGAAGUCCCUCCACGAACAUGCGCACUAGGCAUAGUCGGCAUAGCAACACCGGAAGUUCUUUAAAGCGACUCGUCCUGAGUGAGAAGGACACAUUGCAGCCAAAAUGAUCAGUAAAGUCAUCGGUCCGAAGUAUGCAGCCAUUGCCAAAUCAUGGGUCCCAACUCUGGCUGUAUGGGGCACAGCUGGAGGCGUAGCUCUGGUCCACUUCACAGACUGGCGAUUGAUUUUGGAUUAUGUCCCCUACAUCAGUGGCAAAUUCAAGAAGGACGAGUAGUGGCACCCAGGUCAUGUCGGUGCUGUUUUUUACACAAAGACUCAAAUAAUGAACAAGAACUGCUGCAGACCGUACGUUACAUGCCAGGCCACUGGAAGCUGUCGUCUUCAUCCUGCAGCUCGGUCAACAUUGAACUGUUCACCAUCAACAUCCUCUGAAAUGUACUGGAGUUCGUCAUUUCAACGUUCCUCAACAGGUGAAAACGUGGAUGGAAUGAAUAUGAAAACACAGAUGAUAAAUGGACUUUUCUUUUCUUUUCCUUCUUCCUAAUUUGGGGGUCAGGUAUUUAUUUUAAUCAUCAGCCUCCUGUGUGUUAAACCUUAUUCACAAAUGGAAACAUCUGUCCUUCAUGUUAUAAUGUACUGUAAUUGUUUUGAAGAGAAGAAAUAAAGUAUAUGAGAUGUAUACCUA